AUGGAUGCGCAGAAUGCUGUCGACGCCGCCUCCACGAAGCCUGCCGCUUCACCCAAACACUCAGCCGGUGCGGACCCCGACCAGGCCACAAAGACGACCUCUCUGACCAAGUCACCAACCUCCGUUCGAUCAUCGCCCCCAGUCAAGGAGUCCAGAUCCGGUGCUGCCCAUCCUCAAGCUCAAGACGACGAUGGCGCAGACGCCAACUCGGAGGCUGAAACCAUUGUGCUGUACGAUAAGAAUGGAAAUCCAUCACCCUCAAAGUCUCGCAAGAUGAUCAAGCAUGAGGACAAGAGCGAUGGCGAGGGCAAGAUCGAGGCCCCUGCCGCCCUCAAGGCCUCGGGCAGUCGAAGCAGGGAGGGCGAUCGCUCGGGCCAAGGCGGGGCUCGCGAUGCCGCCUCAGCGCCGCCCUCCGCAGCUUCCCACACUGGAAAAAAGAAGACCUCGCAGGAAAACAAGCGGACCAAGGACGGCUCGAGUGGCCUCAGCUCGGCACCGGCCUCACCUCCGCAUCACCACCGCCCCAGAAGGCUCUCAACUGCACAUCCACAUCCACAUCCAGAUUCCGACUCUGAUUCUGUUCGCGCCAAAUCGCCGCGACUGCCUUCAGCCGUACGGGACAAAGCGCGCUCAGUCGACAGGCUCGUGUCCCACAAGAGGAAGGCACCAAAGGCAGAAUCCGACGACGAGGGCGAGAGUCGCAAAGCCCGCAGGCAGCGCACUGCUCUGGUUGGGCUCGACAACGGCAACACUUCGAACAAGACGCACCGCGAGCACAAGACAUCGGCUUCAAGACCACACCAUGAGACCAACCAGUCUUCGCGCAACCGCUCUAUUUCCCCUCAACCUCGGGCUCACCGUCGCAGCAUUUCAACCCAGCUGCCGUCCAACGGGCUGAGCCACAAGAAGAAGAGAGUGCCUGCUCCACUCCAGUCCACUGAUUACCAUUCUGAUGAAUCCUCUGCCAGUGGCAGCCCCCAUAUUCGAAGCUCCAAGCUGCGUAGCCUCACUACCCCCGCCACGGCUGAGUCCACCAUCUCGCCUGCCAAAAUGGCGCCGCACAAGAAACAUCUCGAUGCUCACGGCCAAACAUUCUUAGCGCGCGCAUGCGCGAGAGGCGAGUACGAUGGGGUGAAGCAGAGAUUGGCCGAGCGUCCCGAGGAUUUGAAUGUCGCAGAUUUCGCUGGCAACACUCCUCUGCAGAUCGCCUCAAUUAAUGGUUACGAUGAUAUUGUGAAACUUCUCAUCGAGGCUGGCUGCAAUCUGGACUGUGUCAAUUACGAUAAAGACACGCCUCUUCUGGACGCGGUAGAUAACGGGCAUCUCGAGGUGGUCAAGCUACUUCUCGACGCAGGAGUCAAUCCGCGGAAAGCCAACGUCAACGGCGAGGAACCACUCGACCGUAUUACGGACGAUCUGGAGAAUGCCACUGAGAUACGUGCUGCUUUGGUCAACGCCAAGAAGAAGAUGGGCGAGCGCCGCUUCACUUCGGAGGACAACUUCCAAGACGCUAGUGAUACGCGCGCUUCCCAUGGUCCGGAGAGCCCCCGAAGGUCACCACCGGCCUCUAGCCUUGCUCACCAGGUGGCAGCUUCGAGGAGGGCUGGGACCGUUCGAGCCAACAAGACUAGCAACCACCUGCUGUACAUGCCCAUGGAUGACAAGACCCUUCGUCAGGCCGCCGGGCGCGGUGAUGAGGAAACGGUGACCCGCAUUCUCCAAGUCAGGGAUACCUUUGACGACCCAGAGUCUAUGGUUGCCGCAGCGAGGGGUGGCCAUGAUAUUGUUAUGCAACUCCUGCUCGCGUUAGGGAACGCAAAUCCAGACCCAGCAGGUGUGACCUCCGUAUCCCCCGAUGUUGCGACGCCCAUGCUUGCAGCCAUUGGGCAAGAAAAUAUCAAGGUCAUCCGGCUCUUGCUUGAUCAGACUAGUUUUGACCCGACGCGAAAGUUCAGGGGAGAAACCUAUUACGAGAUCGCACGGAGACGCCAAGGCCCGAACUGGAAGGAAGAGGAACAUAUGCUCAAGGACGCGUACGACGCGUACAAAAAGACUCAUAAAGACUCAGCCAAGACCAAAUCUCCGGCGAGACGGGAUCUGGAUCGGGAUAGUAAGCGCGCAGGGCGCUCCGAGUCCAGAGACGAGUCCGCUAGGGCCCACAAGCGGAAGCUUUCCAGUCCGACCAGGGAAACCAAGAAGGCGGCCAGCAGCAAAGCACCGACCAGUCCCAAGGACAAGAGGCGGUCCAACUCGUUUUCUGCUCACCAUGACACCCAAUCUUCGCCUAGACGUGGUCCGGGCCGACCGAAGAAGGAUGACCGCCCACCCACAAUCGCAAUCUCUGACCGAGAAGUCUCACCGCCAUCAAAACACUCCAAACCCAGGCGAGCCGAGUCAGAUCUUGCAGCUUUAUCCUCUGAGGGCGAGACGAUGAAACCAAGACGAAAGCUCGUUUCCGGAAGAGAAUUGAAAGGCGAGCGCGAUAAGCAACGACGAGCAAGCAUGGCAUCGACGGCCUCAUCACUGAAAGAGCCGUCUAGUCCCCGUGAUUCUCGUCAUGAUGAUGUCCACGAGCGCCUCAAGGGGGAGAAGUAUCACGACCGAACUAAGCAGCUCAAGCGCGACGAGUCCAGAGAUAGGCUCUCGGUCUCCGGCGAAGGCUCAGGCAAACGACACCGUUCAAGUGCAACGCCGCCGCACCAUCCUUCAUCGGAGAAAGAAGGCGGAGAAGGUCCGGUCAAACGACGCCGCUUGGAUGUCGAAGGCAGAGAGAAGCGGCAGAAAUCCACCUCCCUUGAUGACCGACCUCACAAGUCCGCUGCCUCGCGAGACCCCUCGGCGAAUUCAAGUCACCGGGAUCGGGACGACGCUGAAUCGAAGUCAGCGAAACAGAAGAAGCGAGACGCCUCGUCGGACCGAAGCCGAAGGGAAUCUGGAAAGUCUAACGCUUCGGAGAAAAGCAUUCACGUCAAGUCCGAGGAUGUUGAUAUCGAAAUGCAUGACGUCGAUCAACCUAAGGAAGGUGCCGAGAUCGAGGCCCGUGUAGCGAAGGACAAGGAGUCGGACAAGAAGAAACAAGCCGAAGCCGAGCAGCAGGCUUUGGAAGCCAGAAAGGCAGAGGAAGAGCAGAAACGCCGAGAAGAAGAGGAGCGUAAGCGGAAAGAGGAAGAGGAAGCAGAGGCGAAACGUCGAGAAGAGCUCGAGAAGAAACAGCGACUCGAAGAGGAAAAGCGAAAAGCAGAGGAAGAAGAGAAGAGGAAGAAGGAGGAGGAGGAGAAGAGGCGAAAGGAGGAAGAGGAGAGGAAGAGGCUCGAAGCGGAAGAAGAACAAAAGCGUCGGGAAGAGGAGGAGCGGAAGAAGCGCGAAGAGGAAGAACGGCUGCGUAGAGAGCAACUGGAACGCGAAGCUGCCGAAGAAGCCCGAAGGAAGCGCGAAGAGGAGGAGAAGAAAGAACAGGAGCGACGGGAGCGUGCGCAACGCGAGGAAAUGGAGCGCCGCCGCGCUGCCCGGGAGGCCGAGAGGGCUGCGAGAGAGGCUGAGCAGCGAAGGAUCUUCGAAGAGCAGGAGAGGAUCCGUCUAUCCAAGUUGCCUCCACUGCUUCGAUGGCUGGACACCUGUGCCAACCCCAAGUCUCCAGAAGUGGCACAGAAAUUCAGCAAGAUGCAAGGUGUCCGCUACGACUGCAUACGCCCGGAGGCAACUGGCAAGCCAGAUGGCCGAGAGCAAUGGCUCCUCAACACACAGGUGGCAUUGCUACUCGGAGAGAAGGAUCUGGACCUCUCGCGCUACACAGCUUGGGAACGCAUCCCAGUGUCGAUGAUUGCAAAGAAGACGAUCUGGAGGCUCGAAGCUGACCGGUAUGCCUUGACGACUCAGAAUCUGUUUGAUAUUGGCAAACAGCUUCCCGACUAUUAUGAAGGGCAUGAUCCAGACACGAUGAGCUAUACAAUCAUCGAGAGACUUCGCAAGGAGGCUUGGCCGCUCUUCGCCUCUCUCGAGAUGUUCUUCGUCAAGGCCUCCGAGCUGAUGUAUAUCAUCCCCACAAUGCCCCAUCUCCGCAACAUUAAGCUUUCCAUGGCAUAUCGCGAGCUUCCCGAGAGCGAAGCUCAGAUGAUGUAUUGGGCGCCCACGCAGAAGUGGAAGAGCGAUCCCGAUGCAGACCGAUUCCAUGGCUUCGCUCCUCGCAACAAGUACUUUGUCAACGGCGCCAUGGUCUCCGAAGACAAGCCAGGCUUGAGCGCAGUCAGCAAGACGCCCUUCCCAGAGAAACGCGUCCCUCGUCGAGGACUCAAGGCUGUGACUCCCGACGACCCAGACUACGACAAGAUUUGUCGUGAACAAGGGCUGGAGCAUUUGAUAUCUGGAUCGAGCUCGCCCACGCUGCCCAAUGGAGUCCAAUUCUCGCCUGUCAGUCAAUCAUCUACCCGCCAUGGUGCACCUGCCGGGUUGUCGACCGAACAGACCGCGCAGACAUUGCUUAAUGGCGAUGGCCAGCACCAACUGGCUUCUCCCACCACUUCCUUGCCCGGUACCGCACCUGGUAGCCACACGGGUGUCAACGGAAACCACGUUGAUGCUGUGGCUGAUUAA